UGCAUUUCCAACUUCAUUUUUUCAAUUUAUAAAAUACACUCACAUAUCCACUAUAUAUAUCAUAGCUGAGUGUCCCAACACCACAGAAAACAACUCAAACACAAACAAACCUCUUACUCAGCUUUAAUUACCCUCUCUCUUCUUCUCCAAAUACACAUAAUUAUAGUCUAUAGAAUAGAGACCUAUAAUCCUACUCUCCAUUAAUUUCUUAAUGGAUCUGUCCCAGAAACUUCCCUCCUUCAGUUGUGAACUGAAAAUAAUACAAGCUCAAAAAGUUGAGCCCAUCAGGCCCACAAAAAACUUAUUUGUCAGGUUAUAUCUUCCGGCAGGAAACAACAAAAGAAUUCAACUCAACACCAAAAAGGUUUCCUCCGUUAAAUCUGUUCCCUUUUGGAACGAGUCUUUCAGUCUAGAUUGUUCUUGUUCCCAAGAAUUCUUUGAAACCCUUAAGCAGGAAAGGCUAGUGUUGGAGCUAAGGCAAAACAAAGUGUUAAGGAGGAUUAUGGGGUCACAUGUGGUGGGUAGGGGUGAGAUUCCGUGGAGGACAAUUCUUGAAUCACCCAACAUGGAGUUCAAAGAUUGGGUGAAGAUGGAUUUGAUAAGUGGAAGUGAUUGUGAAGAUGCCACCUUAAGGGCACCACAAGUGGAAGUGGAGGUAAAAAUAGGAGUGGCUUUGGCUAUGGAGAAAGAGAACAGAAAGAGAUUGAUCAAGAAUAAGUGGGAGGAGUGUGGGUGCAAAGAUGGGCAUGAUCAUCAUGCAUGGUGCAGUGCUGAAGAUUAUGAUAUAUUUGCAUUAGGUGCAGCUUUGGAAGCUUUUUGAU